UUUGAAAAUGACCUCUCAUUCGGGCACCGGACAGCGACACCGCAGCUGUUUGGUUUGGAACCAUGACUGAAGAUGACGGAUUCAGUGGUCGUGGAGGGAUAUGUCAAAUUCAGAGAUGGAAAAAAGUGGAAGGAUAGGUGGGUCGCACUCCGCAAGCCAUCGCCCGUAGCAGACUGCUUGGUACUUCUGGUCUACAAAGACAAGUCGGAUAAAGCCCAGGGCCACCGGGAGAGGGUCAGUGUCACCUUGGAGGACAUCUGUGGUCUGGAGAUAGGUCUCUCCUAUGAGGGGGUGGGCUACACGCUGGUCAUCAUCUGCCUGGGCCAGGUUGUCAUGCUGGGCUUCGACGGAAAGGAGGCUCUGCUGGCCUGGGACAUCCGCAUCCGCUACAGUCUGGGGGAAGUCCACAGGUUUAGCGUUGGUAUCUUACCAGGCACCAUGUUGGAGAGCGGGCCUGCGACCCUUCACUUGUGUAACAACCUAUUGGUCCUGGUCAGGGACAUUUUCCCCGUUAUCAUCGGCCAGUGGAACCUUCCAGACCUGCGCAGAUAUGGGCCUGUACCAAACGGCUUCGUCUUUGAGGGGGGGACGCGAUGCGGCUACUGGGCUGGCGUCUUCUUCCUAUCAUCCAUGGAGGGGGAGCAGAUCAGCUUUCUGUUCGACUGCAUCGUCAGAGGCAUCUCCCCCAGCAGAGGCCCUUUUGGACUUCGGCCAGUCCUGCCAGAUACCAACGCUGUCGCUAACCAGGCCUACUCUGAAAAGAGGGUGAACCAUGAGGCCCAGGAGUUGGAGAAACGACUCAACAUGCUGUCUCACCAGAGCAGUACAGCUUCCUCCACAUAUGGUCUGUCUGUGGCGGGAGACGUCUGCAGCAUAUCAGGCUCCUCUCACACCUCCGACACCAGCCAAUCAGACUCCAUCGUCGGCAGCCGGCUGGCCAUUUGGACUGAGCCUGUCACAACAAGCUCUACCCGCACAGAGACCAUCAUUGGCCAGUUACAGGCCAGGGAGAAACCAUCCACCAGCCAGGUGGGUGGAGCCCGUGUAGUAGCCAAGACCCCUCGGUCCCGGCAGCUGCAGGAGAUUGGUCGCCAGAGCUCGUCCGACAGCGGCAUCGCCACAGGAAGCCACUCCUCGUACUCUGGCAGUUUCUCCUCCUACGUGGAUAGCCUGGACUUUGGCUCCCUGCUUAGCCUGCCCCCUCACCUGUCUCUAGACCUGGCCCCCUGUACCUGUCCCCAUGCACCAGGACAUGAGUACCAGGUACCCACCUCACUGAGGUACAUCUAUGACACCCCCCGAACUCUACUGCAGGGGGUAACAGGAGGGGCCAGGGGGCAGGAUAUCUCCACAACACCUAUGGACCAGGUGGCCAGUUCACCCCCAUUAUGUGAGUCAUCACAGGGGGGGAAAGAUGCUCCUCUUGGGGGUCUCUCGGACAAUGUUGCCAGGCGCUCCACCACAGAGCUCCUGCAGAGCCACUCUGAGGAGAGCAAAAGAUGGGUGGCGCCCCCUAGUGACAGUCAACACCCAGAGUCCUGUCAGGUCUGCAGUAGUUCCCAACCCACUGCCUCCAAAACCCUCCUCACUAUCUGCCCCACCUGUGGAGGAUUCAAGGGGAACCCGCUCUCCUACACAGUGGGCUCGGCAAUGCCAGCCAUACCAGACAAGAAGCUGAAAAGUAUGGAGGAGAGGAGCAAAGUUGAGUAUGAUACCAUGGAUAGCUGGGCGUUGGAGAAGAGUUCAGAGCCAGAGGAGAAAAGCAAGUAUGAGCUGGUGGGCAGUUGUGGACAACAGCGGUUCCUUCAUGAGACUGAAGGGGCCAAGUCUGUGUUUCCGCCAGACAUGGUGGCUCCAGAAAGACCCUGCAGUGAUGGUGUGACAUACGUCAAUAUUCCCAUCAGCCCCAUGUCUAAGAAACAGCUGAACUACAUGGAGCUGGAGCAUCAGGAGCAUGCUGGGGUCAGGGGGACUGGCCAACACCUUCCAGGACAGAGGAAAAGUUCCUCUAAAUAUGCCCUGAUCGACAUCACUGCUACGGAUGCCGCCCACAAAACGGGUACCCAGCAUGCCUUGGGGAGAGAGGAGGGUCUUCACACCCUGGAGCAGAGGAGGAGGGUAGUACCACAGUGACAUCCCAACUUCAAUCUUGACCUCCACAGGGCAUAUGACUGGCCUAGACUAGGCUGUUGUAUAGAAUUCACCAGAAACAUGGAUUUCCUGGGACGCCUCAAGUUGCCGUGAUGUCAAACUCCUCUGAGAUCUGCCAGAUUUGAUAUCUUUAACACCGAUUGUUGACAGCUUCCAUUGAAUUUUGUCCCAAUUACUGGGCUCUUCUGGGGAAGACUAACCCCAAGAAUCACGCCUUCUGCCCUCAGUGUGAAUUAUACCAACAGUAGGCCUACAGCACUGACGCUUCACAAUCAUCACGAAAGCAACAUGAAAUCAAACUCUAAGGAAAAAAUCUAAAGUUGCUGCUUGGAUGGAAGGGAACAUUUCAAUCAAGGCUCUCUUUAGCCGUGUUCACAUUGGCAGUUUAAAGUGACUCAAAUCCUUUUUAUUUGCAUUUCUGAUUUGCAUCUGCUCUUUUUCCUGCAGACUGACCAGUCCAAAAGCACAUGUAAUCGGACAUUUCAACCUACAUUUCAAACCACAUUCUUAGGUGGUUUGAAGAGAUACAAAUCUGAUUCCUGGCCAUGUAAAUUGUGGCUAAACGGUCAAAUCUGAAUUAUUUGCCCUCAAGGGGUUUUUAGACAGUUAUUCGGCAUAUCUUGUUGCUUGCUAGCUGCUCUGUUGGCAGUUUGACGUGAACACGCGGUAGCUUACUAGUUUGUUAAUUGUUUACCAACAAAUGAGUGAAUGUGCUAGAAAACUAAACAGCUACCUAGCUAACUAGCCAAAAUAGACUGGAUCAUUUUUAAAGUGUUCUUACGCUAUGAUUUUGAACAUUCAAAGCAACUGGGAAAUGUCCAUGGCAGGCAUUGUUGCCACCUUAUCUUGCUACCUAACUUCUGAGGGAUAGGAUGCACAAGCACCACCACCAAUCAGCCUACAACACCGCACACACAUCCGUCACUACUACUAGCAUAGCUUUGUCAGCAAAUGGUGUCAGAACACACUAAUCCGAUUUUGUCACUUGUAACUUGCUGUUUGGACAUUCAGUAGUCCAGAACGGAUUUGAAACUGAUUUGAGCAAUAAGGCAGUGUGAACAAGGCUUUUGUAUAUUCAGAAAUCUCAUUAGAAGGCAUUAUGUCACUGUCACAGCCUGGGCAGACUUGGGUGGAGUGGGGGGCUGAAAGUGCCAGUCUUAGGGGGAGUCAUUACCCGGACGAGCAGUGGGUUUUUCACAGUCUUACCGGUGCCACCCCUAAUCUGAUACAAUACGAUUAGAAUCUCAUUUGGGGAAGAUGAGGGAGAUGAAAAAAGGAAGAGCGUCCAUCUCCAUAACUCCUCUCUGAUUAUCAUUGUAUUAAUUCUACAGCGGUUAGUUGUACGAAAGACUUGAUUGAGGCCUUUUGAUAGAGGCUAGUUCAGCACAGGGCCGGGAAGAUAAUGGAUAAUCAGUCUCUAUUUGUCCUGUACAUUACAUGCAGUCUUACUCAUUCAGAACGCUCACCACGCUUUUUAGAAACUUUGUGAAGCUAAUGCAACAAAGUGGGCAUAGAAGCUGCGGCGGUCUUUGUAUACCGAUGAGAA